AGUACAUGCAAAUAAUGUCAUAUGACCAAAUGGCUAGGUAUAGAAGCGAUGUAAAAUGCCUCUAAUCCAUGGAUAACAGUCAACGGAUACAUUGAAUGCUAUCCAAAGAGAAAUCGCGAGUACAGCAUCGACUUGUCUUCUCAGAAAUGGAGGAGAUACGAGUAUCCCCGGACUACAACUGGUUCCGAAGCACAGUGCCUCUGAAAAGAAUAAUUGUGGAUGAUGACGACAGCAAGGUCUGGUCCUUGUACGAUGCAGGACCAAAGAGCAUUCGGUGUCCCAUAAUAUUCCUUCCCCCUGUCAGUGGGACAGCAGAGGUGUUCUUCCAGCAGCUCCUAGCUCUCACAGGCUGGGGCUACAGAGUGAUCUCGCUGCAGUAUCCUGUGUACUGGGAUCUUUUGGAAUUCUGUGAUGGUUUUCGGAAGUUGCUGGACCAUUUGCAGUUGGAUAAGGUCCAUCUGUUUGGUGCCUCAUUGGGUGGAUUCCUGGCUCAGAAGUUUGCUGAGUGCACGCACAAGUCCCCCAGAGUGCAUUCCCUGGUCCUGUGUAAUUCCUUCAGUGACACAUCCAUCUUUAAUCAGACAUGGACAGCUAACAGCUUUUGGUUGAUGCCUGCCUUCAUGUUGAAAAAGAUUGUUCUUGGGAACUUCUCAAAAGGACCUGUUGACCCCAAAAUGGCGGAUGCUAUUGACUUCAUGGUGGACAGACUGGAGAGCCUGAACCAGAGCGACCUAGCCUCUAGGCUCACACUCAACUGUCAGAACUCCUACGUAGAGCCGCACAAGAUUAAGGACAUCGCUGUGACCAUUAUGGAUGUGUUUGACCAGAGCGCCCUCUCACUUGAGGCCAAGGAAGAGAUGUACAAGUUGUAUCCAAAUGCUAGAAGAGCUCACCUCAAAACGGGUGGAAAUUUCCCGUACCUGUGCAGGAGUGCAGAAGUCAACCUUUACAUACAGAUACACUUGCGUCAGUUCCAUGGGACCAGGUAUGCGGCCAUCAAUCCUGCCAUGAUUAGCGCUGAGGAGCUGGAGGUACAAAAGAGUCACCUAACCAGUAGCAAGGACAGUGACGAUGACCAAUGAGACUGUGGUACCUAGCAGUGUCUUGGUUCUUGAUUGGGUGGACAAACAGAACUAUGGGCACUUUUCCUCAACCAGCAAAUUGGCAGAUGUUUUACUGCUCAUCAGACACCACUAUUGGUCAGUGAUAUGCUGAUCUCUUGUAUUUUUUUCUACAAUGUUGCAUACAAUCAAUCAACAGGUUGAAUUGAGGAUAUUUUUACUUUCCAGAAAAUAAAAACAAUAUUUUAAUAAUCACUGUUACUGUAAAUACAAAUAGUUGUGCUUUAGUUGGAAAGAAACUUCAUAUGAUGCCAUAUUAUGAACCCCUUGCCUUAUGUGAUAUACAGUUUAUUUUAUUGCUGUUACUAGAUGUUGCACUUUUGAAAUGUCUGAAUGCUUUGUUUUCCUUGUUUGUUUAUGGUUAACCAUGCCAACUGUUGGUAAGAACUGAAGCACUGAUUACUGAGUAACAUCAAUCAUAAGAUGUUCUAAGAAAUGGAAUUAAAAACAGUACUACGUAUAAUGUGACAAGUUAACAUUUAAUUUGCGGUUCAAUUAAAGUCUUGAACAGAUAUGCUGUGUGUCAUGCACAUAAA